CUAAGUGCUCCAAUUCAUCCAUAGUAUACUUUUUACUUUUGACGCUUGCUCAAGGACCGCCACUCAUCUGCCAUAUACACGUCCCUUGUCCGCGAUGCCCCGGGUCCCCACUGUGUCCAAGCCCUCUGUUGCUCCCGUCACGCUGGUGCGGGGAGCUGGGAAGAAUGGAACAAAGGCACCCCCACCGACACGGCCCAUGGUCCAAGAGCAGCCACGAACUGACGAUGACAAGGAGGUCUGCCCGCUGUGCGUUGAGGAUCUGGACGAGACUGAUAUGUCCUUCCAACCUUGCCCCUGCGGGUAUCGCGUGUGCUUAUUCUGUUUUGAAAAGCUCAAGUUGCACUGCAACAGCGCGUGCCCUAAUUGCCGAAGAGGCUAUGGGAGCGACGAGGCCAUGGAGUACGCCAAGCAGCUGGAGGCCGAGCGAGCGCAGGAAGCUCUUAGGCCUAAAGCCCCAUCAGCUCCUGCUCCUGCUGUCUCGACCUCGGCAGCAAUUGCGUCUGCAAGCAGAGCUCCCCCGAAGCCAGCACCGACGCAGACGAGCGCGCGGCGGGAUGCCGCGCCCAUCCCGGCAGCUAAACGAAGCAGCGGGGCUUUAGACGAAAGCGUUGGUCAUGCUGCCUCUUCUGGGCUCCCCAGCGGGGUGACGUGGGCAACCCCUUCGCCAAGCAGCUUGUCACGCAACCAGUCGGUGGAGAUAGAGCGGCCCACGCUCAGCAUGGACGAAUCCUCCUGGCCCUCCCUCGGGGCGCCUGCAGCCCAGCAGCCACACACGCACCAACCACGUCACCACGGGAGCACAGGCUCGCAGCACCACCAGCACUCCCACCAUCACCACCACCACCCGCACGCGUCGCAACAGCAGCAGGCUCAAGGGUCCUCCUCCACCCAUGUCUCCUCCAGCGGCACCGCACCCAUUACGCACGCAUCCCAGCAGCAGCAACAACAGCAUCGACACAGUCCUUCAGCCGCCAGCGAGGGACUCAAUAGCUAUGACAUGUCGGGCGCAGGCACGCGGCGCAGCAGCUCCGUGGCGUCUUCCAUGGACCGGGCCGCCAGCAGCUCCUCCCUGGAGCUCAUGUCGCAGGACCCCCCGGUGACCCCCGAGCAGCUCCUGCAACUGCAGCACCAGCACCAACAGUACCAGGCACAACACGCGGGUGUGGCCGCGUCGCUGUCCUCCUCCUCCUCCGCCUUCCCGCCCAUGCCGCCGCCGGGUUUCGAGGCCUCCUCGUCCUACUUUGGUGCCCAAGUUGUGACCACUGUCAACGGGUUGCGCCGUACCGUGAACGUGCCGUUGUCGCUGGGGCAGAGCAACGUGGAGCCGUAUCCUGAGGCGCCCGCGCUGCUUGCCUCCAUGCAGCAGGGUGUAGCGCAGGGGACACUGUCCAGUAAAGAGGGCGCCUCCCAGCUCUUCUCCUUCAUGCGGCAGAAGGACCAUGAAGGACAAGUGGCGCGGCCUCGAUCGGUGCUGGCGGCAACUAAACCACCGCCGGGUUUCGGAGCGCCAUCUGUGCCGCCGCCUGCGGUGUCACAGCCGUCUGUUCCAGCACAGCCGGCGUCUGCGCCAGCGAUGUCGGUGUCAGCAGCCCAGUCCCUUGGCGCGCGUCCGCCCCCGCCGCCACCGGGCUUCGCCCAUCUGCAGGGCAGCGUGGUGCAGGCUCCACCCGUUGUACGGGCGCCCAUCCAGCCGCCACUGCAGCAGAGCGCCGAGGGCAGCUUCGGUGGCUCCUCGGGCCCAAUUGGGUUGAACGCCAACGGGA